CCGCACUCCGGCAUUUCCCGGAACCCGCGGCUGAGGAGCGGCCCCGGCGCUGGGCCCAGCCCGGGCAGGAGGCCAAGGAGCCGCUGCUGCUGCCCCGAACCGCCGGGAGCUCGGCGUGACCGGGACCUGAGGGCGCUGGGGGAAUGUUUGGAUGGAGGAGGAGAUAAAGCCCUGGAGAUCUUGCACGAGGGGAGGCUGCAAACCCUGCCCUGGGAGCUGUGAGCAGGAAAGAGCCGCCCUGAGCCAGGAAGGCAGCUGGAGAUCCAGCCGGAGCUCAGAGCUGGUGGAGAAGUUUCAUGGUGGGGAGAAGCCGCACAAGUGCUUGGAAUGUGGGAAGGGUUUCAGCCAGAGCUUGAACCUGAUCCAGCACCAGGUGAUCCACACUGGGGAACGGCCCUACGAGUGUGAGGAGUGUGGGAAGAGCUUCAGCUGCAGCUCCCACCUGAUCCAGCACCAGGUGGUCCACACUGGGGAACGGCCCUAUGACUGUGGGGAAUGUGGGAAGAGCUUCAGAGACAGCUCUGACCUGAUCCUGCACCAGGUGAUCCACACUGGGGAGCGGCCCUACAAGUGUGGGGAAUGUGGGAUGGAUUUCAUCCAGACCUCCAACCUGAGGAAACACUACAGAAUUCACACGGCGGAAAGGCCCUACCAGUGUGGGAAAUGUGGGAAGAGCUUUAGCCAGUGCUGUAGCCUGAUUCAGCACCAGGUGAGCCACACUGGGGAAUGGCCCUACACCUGCUUGGAAUGUGGGAAGAGCUAUGGGUGGAUCAGUGGCCUGAGAAGACAGCACCAGCGCAUCCACACCAGGGAGAAGCCCUACAAGUGUCCUGAGUGUGGGAAGAGGUUUCACAUCAGCUCCGAUCUCCUCAGACAUGAGCGGAUUCACACAGAGGAGAGGCCCUUCCGCUGCCCCGACUGCAGGAAGGGCUUCAAGCAAAACUCCAAACUCACCAUCCACCGGUGCAUCCACACCAGGGAGAGGCCCUACGAGUGUGGGGAGUGUGGGAAGAGCUUCUCACAGAGCUCAGCCUUGACCAAACACCAACGGAGGUGCCACUAAGGGAAGCCCUGUGAGUUCCCCGAGUGCAGGAAGAGCUUCGUGCGCUGCUCCGGUUCCAUCCCCAUGCGAGGAUCCACAUUGGAUGAUCCUCAGUGACCCCCGUUGGGCAGAGCCCUCGUGAUCCCUUAUUGGAAAUAGACGAGAGAGUUAAACAAUGGAGCUGAUAAAGGGGCCUGAUAUCUGAGGCCUGAUGGAGCAGAAACUGUGGAAGACACAGAUACAGAUAAAGGCUCCCUGGGCAAGAAGUGACCAAGCAGCAUUUUGUGAAACUUUGUGAUAAGAUAAUGUUACCAGGUGACGUGGUGUCAUGAAGAAUGUGUAACCAAUGGGAAAGUGUUACCAAAAAUAGAGCCCUAUAUAAGCUGCAUAGAAAUAAAACCCUCUAUAAACACCUGGCAUACUCAAUAAAAUUGGCUUCUGAUCUAAA